AUGAAGUUUCUCCAAAUCGAUGAUCCAAGCGAUACGCUCCCCAUCAGCUACCGAUUGAUGCAGCUGUUCGGGUUGGGACGCGAUGAACAGUUCAAGUGUCUCUAUUGGUUCCAGUGCAUCAUGUUUUUUCUAUUCAGCAUCGUGACGAGGCUUAUCAUGGAAGCGGAAGAUACGGUUACUAUUGUGCGGCUGGGAUCAGAAAGAGUGUAUGCGAUAUCACUGUUCUCCCACAUAUUGGGGCUCUACGUGAGACGUUCGCGGCUGUACGAACUGAUGGAUUCGCUACGUGAAUGUACUGCCAAAACGCAUUCGGAAGAAAUAUUUUCGUUCUUCUUAAGAACGAACAGAACAAUCAACAACUUUUCGGUACUGUACUGCAGGUAUUUCAUCGGCAUGUUCAUCCUCUAUGAAACGAUGCCAUCCGUCGCGACGUUUUUCGUGUACUUCAGCAACAAGAGAAAUCUAAACGCGACCCCCGAGGAGUACGUCAUUCCAACGGAAAUGAAUUUCUACAAUUUAGACAUCCGCUACAACUUGCUACACUAUUCAAUCUACUUCGCCGUCGUUAGUAUGCUUGUGGUUACAUCUUCAGUGUCCUUGUGCACUAAGGGUGUGGUCGAUUUUUCGGCCAUCAAGUUUACGGCGAUGAUAUUCGAAAUGACGGCGAUGCAGAUACGACAGCUACCGCGGCAGAUUUCGCAACCGCAGCUCUUAUCCAUCAUCGAAUCCCAUCAGGCCACGCUGCGGUGCUCUAAGAAAUUGCAACAAGCUCUCAGCUUAUCGCUUCUCUUUCAACUGGCAUUCUGUAGUGCGAUGGGUUGUCUAAUGUUGUUCUACAUCUUGCUAAUGGGAUUUGACUCUAGAAUUUUCAAUCUGGCCCUUCUAUUGUUCAUCGUUACCCUGGAAACUUAUGCCUAUUGCACACUCGGAACGCAGUUAACAGAAAAGAGUGAUGAGGUCUUGCAGGCUCUGCAAUCGCUCGCCUGGUACGAGCAACCCGUGGCUAUACAGAAGCAACUACUCGUCAUGAUACAACGCUCGCAGAUGCCCACCGUGCUGACAGCCGGGAAGCUUAUUCCGGUCAAUAUCGCUCAGUUCGGUGCAAUGGUGCAGAAGUCCUAUUCCUUCUACUUGGUGCUGAAGGAUUUGUUCUAG